AUGACUAAAUCUAUUGGGGAGGCAAUUAGUACUCAUUUGGGUGAUUGUAUUAUGAUUGACUCAGACGAGGAGGGUCUGUGCUUGGGCAAAUUUAUGCGAGUGCGUGUGAAACUUGAUGUUCGUAGACCCUUACGUCGAGGAAUGAGACUAGCAUUGAAUGAUCACGAACUAGAAGAUGAUGGUUGUGGAGAACAGUAUGGAGCAUGGUUACAUGCGAAUCAUUCACUCAACCUAUCAUUAGGAGGGAAAUCUGUUCGUUGCAAACAAAUCAAUAAGACUCGUUCUUUUGACGAAGUCUCAUCGCAAUCUUUGGUUCCUUCACUUUCCCGUCACCACUACUCGCUGAUAACUGCUCCUUCAUUGGUAACUGAAUCAGCCAUGCAUGGAAAGCAGUUAGAAACAACAGUUGACACUGAAUGGUUUCCAAAACAUAGUAGUUAUGAAGGAAAAAAGCAACAACUGCUUCACCAUGAUUCCUUUGAUGAUGUGGCAAAAUUAUCUAAAACAACAUGGUUGCCUACAGACAUGGUCGUUCUCCCACCAGAUUUGUAUAUUGCUGGGCCAAAACAUAUGGAGGUUGUUCUGCAUCAACAACCACACGAGGAUAGCAUGUCCGAUCUGCUUGCUGGACCAUCACAGUCGAGUAAGGGGUAUUGGAAGGUUUUUCCAACACUAAGAAAAAGGGAGUUUCCGAAGUCAAGAGACAAGUUUGCUGAGGAUUGGACAAACAUAAGUAGCUCGUCUUCUGUUGCGUCUGAUGAAAAUACAUUCCGACUACCAUCUCCGAUCAUCAGCACUGCUGCCACACCCAAAAGUAUAAAUGGUUCCUUGGAGUAUCAGCUUUAUGAUAAUGUAAACGGAUAUUAUGUAUACUUGCACUUCGCCGAAUUGGAAAGCCUUCUACCCAACCAGUCAAGACAAUUCACAGUUUCUUACGGCGGAGAGGUCUUAGAUACUAUAUCUCCGAAGUAUCUGCAAGCAAACACCGUACGCACCUACAAUGCUCUCUCUGGAGCAAAAUCUUUUAACAUCUCUAGGACCCCCAAUUCAACGCAUCCCUCCAUCAUCAAUGCCAUUGAGAUUUAUGUUCUCAAACAAUUCUUGCAGUCUGACACCCUUCAAACUGAUGAUAUCCAUGGAAAUCAUUCAAUCAGGAACUUAUCCUCAAGUGGAUUAACUGGGGAGAUACCUCUUGCUAUAUCCAGUCUCACAAUGUUAGAAGUUCUGGAUCUGUCAGACAACAAUUUUGCAGGAUCAGUGCCAGAGUUUUUAUCUAAAUCGCCAAACUUGAAGAUCUUAAACUUGGAAAAAAAUAAUCUCAAUGGAUCACGGUUCUCUAAAACUAAGGUGUGCUUUUUUGUUCCUUAUAUAACAUUAAUUGUGUUCUAUGCCAGUCAUCGAGAAUCAUCAACAAUAACAUGGUAUCUUUCCAGUGUGGAUCAAAAUCCAGAUCUACGUGUAUCAGUUUCAUGCAAAAGGAAGAAGAAAAAUAUUGUAGUUCCAGUAGUAGCAUCAAUUGCUGGAACUAUCACUUUCUUACUAAUCGUGGCAGCAGUCUGCUGGGGCAUUAAAAGGAAGCUUAAACAUGUUGAUGUAACAGAUGAAAGAUCAACAACACUAUACACGUCAUUAGAGUCGAAAGAAAGACAAUUCACUUGGUCAGAUAUAGUAAGGAUUACCAGCAAUUUUGAAAGGAUUCUUGGUAAAGGUGGAUUUGGAUCAGUUUUUCAUGGCUUAAUAGAUGGCACUGAAGUAGCUGUGAAGGUGCUUUCACAUUCAUCAGUUCAGGGAUAUGAACAAUUUCAUACAGAGGCUAAUCUUCUCAUGAGAAUUCAUCAUAGAAAUUUAAUGAGUCUUGUUGGAUAUUGCAAUGAUGGAACUAAUGCGGCGCUCAUCUAUGAGUACAUGGCCAAUGGGAAUUUAGAAACACAUCUUUCAGAUGACAGUUCAAGUAUCUUGAAAUGGGAAGACAGAAUUCGAAUAGUACUUGAGGUGGCCCAAGGGUUGGAGUAUCUGCAUGCUGGUUGUAAGCCUCCUAUAGUCCACAGGGAUGUGAAACCUACAAAUAUCUUGUUAAACGAAAGUUUCCAAGCCAAACUAUUUGAUCUUGGCAUAUCCAAAUUAUUUCUUACUGAUGGUAAGACUCAUGAGUUGACAUUAGUCGCCGGCACUCCUAGGUAUCUUGACCCUGAGUACCAGAUGACAAAUCGGUUGAAAGAUAAAAGUGAUGUUUAUAGUUAUGGAGUGGUUCUUUUGGAGAUAAUAUCUGGCCAACCUGCAGUACCUAAAACUGAUGAAGGGACUCAUAUAAGCACAUGGGUAAACUCCAUGCUUGCCAAAGGAGACAUCAAAAGUAUUGUGGAUAGGAGGUUAGAUGGUAAUUUUGAUAUUAACUCUGUUUGGAAAUCUGUUGAAAUAGCUAUGGCCUGUGUGCCCCUUUCUUCCACAAACAGGCCAACGAUGAGUCAAGUUGUGAUGGAAUUAAGGGAGUGCUUGGCUGCAGAACAGAAUUUUGUGGGGAUGACACAUGAGACUGGGUUUGAUGAUUUUAUUGAAUUGGCCUCUUUGAAUACAUAUGUGAGUCAGAGGCCACUGACUAGGUAGUAGUUCUCUCCAAAAUAAUAUUGGCCUGUGAUGUUGGAAAUUAAUUCUAUUCCGUGCUUUUUUCUUUUUCUUUGUCCUGGUCAUGGCGCACAAUUUAUUUGUAAAGUAUAAAUCAAAAAUUACAUGUAUGGAUGUAUUUUAAACAA